GGAGGCGCCGAGCCGGCCGCGGAGGAAGAGGAGAAGGAGGAGAAAGGAGAAGGGCCGGCGGGAGCUGUGCUCUGGAAUUGCAAGGGACUGAGGGGGGGUCCUGAGAACUUAGGCGAGGCCGCUGGACCUGGAAGCGGCCACGGCUAAAGAUUUGAGCCUUCCUCUCCAGCAAAGAGACUUCUGUUGUGUGGGGAAUGCCUUAUCUUUCCAGGACAGAAACAGACCCCAUGACCUGCCAGAGGGGAUGCUGGCAUUUUUCCGGAUAGGCACUAGAGUUCCUGUGUCAACCAGGGAAGGGUGGCGUGGCCAGUUCUGGCCCAUCCCGGAGUUGUCAGAAGCCGCAAGUUGGUCUCAGUCCAGAUCUUCACCCAUCCCACGCGCCCUCCAAGAUUGGUUUUCCUGCUUGUGGUAGCAACUCUCCGAGCACCUGGAACCAGCACCAGUCAGCUGCUGACAGCCAGCUGGCCAGCCAUCGGCCCAAGGGCAGUGCUCCUCCUCAGCUCUAGACUUCUAUCCCCAGGACUUUUAACUGGAUUUUUUGGCAGGCCUUCUGAGGAGCUGGGCAUGGCAUCUUGAAGCCCAGGAUAUCCGGGGCCAUCUCUUGUUCUCUGUGCCCUGCCGUUCAGAGCCCCAGCCUUCAGGAUGGGGAGGGAACAGGACCUGAUUCUUGCUGUGAAGAAUGGGGAUGUAGCUGGGGUACAGAAGCUGGUGGCCAAAUUCAAGGCAGCUAAGAGCAAACUCCUCGGCUCUACUAAGAAGCUCAAUGUAAACUACCAGGAUACAGAUGGGUUCUCAGCUCUGCACCAUGCAGCCUUGGGGGGCAGCCUGGAACUGAUGGCAUUAUUACUAGACGCACAAGCCACAGUGGAUAUCAAAGACAGCAAUGGCAUGCGUCCCUUGCACUAUGCAGCUUGGCAGGGCCGGCUGGAACCUGUGCGCCUGCUCCUGAGAGCAGCCGCUGCCGUCAAUGCUGCUUCCCUAGAUGGGCAGAUCCCGCUGCACCUGGCGGCCCAGUAUGGGCAUUAUGAAGUGUCAGAAAUGCUUCUGCAGCAUCAAUCUAAUCCCUGCCUGGUCAACAAGGCUAAGAAGACCCCUCUGGAUUUGGCCUGUGAGUUUGGACGACUCAAGGUAGCCCAACUACUCCUAAAUAGCCACCUGUGUGUGGCUUUGUUGGAGGGCGAGGCCAAAGAUCCAAAUGACCCCAACUACACCACCCCACUGCACCUGGCUGCCAAGAACGGGCACAAGGAGGUUAUCAGGCAGCUGCUGAGAGCUGGGAUCGAAAUCAACCGCCAGACGAAGACAGGCACCGCCCUGCAUGAGGCAGCACUCUAUGGCAAGACUGAGGUGGUGCGGUUGCUGCUGGAGGGUGGUGUGGACGUGAACAUCAGGAAUACGUAUAAUCAGACAGCCCUGGAUAUCGUGAACCAGUUCACUACUUCCCAGGCCAGCCGGGAAAUCAAGCAGUUACUACGGGAAGCAUCUGGGAUCCUGAAGGUCCGGGCUCUCAAGGAUUUCUGGAACCUCCAUGACCCUACUGCCCUCAAUAUCCGGGCUGGAGACAUCAUCACGGUUCUUGAACAGCACCCUGAUGGACGAUGGAAGGGACAUAUACAUGAGAGCCAACUGGGCACUGAUCGGGUGGGAUACUUCCCACCAGGCAUUGUGGAAGUGGUCAGCAAGCGGGCUGGGGUCACCAUACCCCGCCCCGCAGCUGGGACCAUACCUCUGCGCCCAAAUUUUGCCAGGACCCCUCAGCUGCCAACUGAUGACUCCCUGCACCCUCUCACUUAUAGCCAACUUCCUCGGGUUGGCAUUAGCCCAGACAGCCCAGCACUAACCCAUUGCUCCCAGCACCCUCCUGAAGGCAGCAUGCCACUGACCCCUACUGGAGAGGACCUGUCUCUGCCUGGCCUGCACCCCACAUCCCUACCAGAAGGCUUGAGCCACUGGUCUCUGACGAACCAUCACCCUAGGGAACAAAUCUUCAACCAGGAUGUGAGACCGGAACAGCUGCUGGAGGGAAAGGAUGCUCAGGCUAUUCACAACUGGCUGAGCGAGUUCCAGCUGGAAAGCUAUACCACUCACUUCCUGCAGGCUGGUUACGACGUGCCAACCAUCAGCCGAAUGACGCCAGAGGACCUGACAGCCAUUGGGGUGACGAAGCCUGGGCACAGGAAGAAGAUUGCUACUGAGAUCACCCAGCUUAACAUUGCAGAAUGGCUACCUAGCUACAUCCCGGCGGACCUACUGGAGUGGCUGGGGGCCCUGGGGCUGCCUCAGUAUCACAAACAACUAGUGAGCAGUGGCUAUGAUUCCAUGGGGCUGGUGGCCGACCUCACCUGGGAGGAGCUGCAGGAAAUUGGAGUCAAUAAACUCGGUCAUCAGAAGAAGCUGAUGCUGGGAGUGAAACGUCUGGCAGAGCUUCGAAGGAGCUUGCUGCAGGGGGAGGGUCUGAGUGGGAGUGGGGGUGGGGGUGGGGGUGGGGGUGGGGGUGGGAGGCGAGUGGCAGGGGGUCCAGAAGUGAUGGCUAUUGAGGGGUUGGAGAAUGGUGAUGGCCCUGCUGGACCCCGGCUGGUCACCUUCCAAGCCAGUGAACUCAGCCCUGAACUGCAAGCAGCCAUGGCCAGGGGGACCCCAGAGCCACUGACCUUGCCCCCAACCCGUUCUCCUAGCCAGGAGAGCAUUGGGGCACGUUCUAGGGGUUCUGGGCACUCUCAGGAACAGCCUACCCCUAGAUCCAAUACUGGGCACCCCAGUCCCCCUCCAGAGAGGAAUCUGCCAGAGGGUAACGAACACCCUUCCAGCAAGGACACACCCCCCUAUAUGCUCAUGCAUCCCCAUAGUUCACCCCCUAGUCCGGCUCCUGUGCCACCUUCUAGUGUCCCCCGGGCCUUCUCCUGCCUGUCUGCUUCCCCUUCAACUCCUCCUGACCCUCCCCGGCCCAAACGCCGCUCCCACAGCUUGAGCCGCCCAGGAUUGACAGAAGGGGAGGCUGAAGGACCAGUAGGUAGUGCCUUGGACAGCUAUGCGACCCUGACCCGGCGCCCUGGUCGAAGCACCCUGACCCAGGUCAGCCCUGGCUCUGCUUUAACUAGGGGAGCUCCCCGUAGCCAGUCCUUUGCCCUACGGGCUCGCCGAAAAGGGCCCCCACCUCCACCUCCCAAGCGCCUCAGCUCUGUCUCUGGUACUACGCCUGACUCUCUUCUGUCUGGUGGGAGCCCAGGGCCCGAAGAAAAAGCCGUAGCAUCCAGGAGACGCACGCUGAGUGAACCAGCUGGUCCUUCAGAUCCCCCCAGCUCUCUUGCACCCGGGAGUCCUGCUUCAGACACGGAAGAGGAGCGGGGUUCUGAAGGGACAUCCCGUUCCCGGGGAAGCUCUGGUGAGGGACUGCCCUUUGCUGAAGAAGGCAACCUGACUAUCAAGCAGCGGCCCAAGCCUGCUGGGCCCUUGAACCGUGAGGUCUCUGUUCCCCCCGGACUUGACUUCAACCUCACAGAGUCAGACACUGUCAAGCGGAGGCCCAAAUGUCGGGAGAGAGAGCCACUGCAGACAGCACUUCUGGCUUUUGGAGCUGCCAGUCCUACCCCAAUCCUCUCGGCCCCACUGCCUUCACAGUCCACCCCUGAUUCCCCGGCACCUCCCCCACCCAACACCUCGAUUCCCACCCCUCCAGUUCCUGACCCUAACAACUCACUGAUGCUUAACACCACUGCAUCCUCCCUCUCCACCAAUACCUUGACUCAGAUUCCUGGUCCCCAAUUGCCUGGGUCUGGCCUGGAGGACUCGGUGGCCACCCAGCAAAAGGGGGAGAUGUCCUCAGCUCCCUCAGCCCUCAUCAAGGUGCCAGUAGGAGGUGUAUCUCCCAAACCUGUGUCAGUGGCUUGUACACAACUUGCAUUCUCAGGGCCUAAGCUGGCUCCCAAACAUGGUCCUCGUCCUGCCCCCCCACCAAAACCUGAGAAUGGGGGAGCACCCAUUGCUGCUCAUGCCCAGCAGAGACUAGAGCAGACCAGCUCCUCCCUGGCAGCUGCCCUGAGGGCUGCUGAAAAGAGCAUCGGUGUUGAGGAGCGAGAAGGCCUUUCCCAACCUGCCAAUUCCAAGCACAUCCUGGAUGAUAUCAGCACCAUGUUUGAUGCCUUAGCUGACCAACUGGACGCUAUGCUGGAUUGAGCUGAAACCUAGCUCUUCACACAAAUGACAGCUUUGUUCCAGCAAGGAAGAAGUUAACAGUACACAGAGAAGGGCUGGGACCUGCACGAAGCAGGAGCAGAACUGGAGUGCGGCUUCCGUGCCUGCUCCUCCUGUAAGCCAAUACCUGUCAGUACCACGGCUCCACCCCUGAACAGCCCCUAGCCUGAGGGGCAAAGCAAACUUGUUGGAGCCUGACAGGCUCAGGGGCCCCAGCUCUAGCACCUGGCCUUGUGUAAUCUGACCUGAUAGCUCUGCCCCCUUGGACAUGGCCUCUGGGAAAAGCUUCCUCUCCAGGCUGUAGGGGACAAAGGCCUUGUGGUAUUUUGUUCCUGCCCAUUCCUAUCUUCAUCCCCAGCCAGUGUAUCCUGAGAGGGGGCAGAGUAGACCUGACAGGCAAAAGAACUUUCCCCAGAAAAGCACGACUUCUUAUGGAUGACUGGAAGGGGUUCGAGAUGAAGGGACGGUUAGGAGCAAAGUUCAAGCCCCUGACCUAUCCGGGAUGGUCUUCCUUGCUGUCCCAGUGCCUGCUCCCCGCCGGAUCUGUGUGUGUAUAUAGAACAUGUAAAUAGGCCGUGCUGGGUAUGUCAGCAGGGCAUGGCACCUAGAAGCUAUGAAGCCACAACCAGGAGCCUAUCAGUCUCCUUACCCUCUUUCCCCUUCCCCCCACUGCUCUGACAAAGCUGCUGUGAUGUUGGGUGUGGUACCCAGGCUGUGUUAUAGGCCAACUUGUGUGUAAUUCCAGAUUUUUUUAAGCAGAGAGAAAGGUGUAUAUUUUAAAUGGAAUUUUCUCUAUUAACAGGCAGGGAGGGGCUAUAGCUACCUUGGACCAGAGAAGUGCUCUGGUUAAGUCAGUAGCCCCCUCUCUCUGACCAUUAACCCCUUCCCAACACUAACUUCAAUGAAAGACUCAUUCCACUUGA